AUGAUUUUCGCGUUGAAGGAAGAGAAUUUCGUGGUUAUUGAUAAUGGCAGUUGGCGUAUAAAAGCACGAAAAGGUGUUCCUAAAGAAAUUUUUGAAAUUCCCUCCCUUUUCCUUCCAACUGAUAAUUUAGAAAAAAGAGCUUCAAAUGAUAAUAAUAAUACUUUAUCAUUGACAUCAUCUUCUUUAAUUGCCGAAACAAAAAUUCAACCAACAAAUUCUGUGAGUGUUUUUACAUCAUCGCCACCAAUAGAACGUGGCGAAAUAAAAAAAUGGGAAGAAGUGGAAGCACUUUGGCGGCAUAUUCUUUUAAAGGAAUUCGGUAUCAAGCGAUCACGAAAUGAGUGCCCCGUUAUGAUCACUACACCAAGUUGGUGGACAAAAGAGCAACAUGAACGUAUUGCUCAGAUAUUUUUUGAACAUUUUAAUGUUCCUGGUCUUUAUAUUGCAGACCAAGCAUUAAUGACAAUCUAUGGUUGUGGAAGCGUAAGUGGAUUGGUGGUCGAUAUUGGACAUGGGAAAACAGAUAUCACACCGAUUUUCGAGUCAAUUGUACAAUAUCAUGCAAUACAAACCUUGCCGAUAGGUGGACAAGACAUCGACAAAUAUCUUCACACUUUACUUCAAUCUGACGAACAACUAUUGAGUGAAUAUGAUGAUACGAUAGAUAUUGAGUUUGCUCGAGCUAUUAAAGAGAUUAUCGGUGGUUGUCAUGACGAAGAAGAAGAGCAACAUCACGACGACGACGAAGAGCGGCAAGAAGUUGAAUAUCUUGGGAAAAGAUUCACAAUUGGUUCCGAGAGAUUUCGAGCCGCAGAACCAUUUUUUAAUCCGAUUCUCGUUGGCAAAGACGAAGUGGCAUCUCUGCCAGAUGCCAUCAAUAUUGCAAUCGGUAGUUGUGACAUAGACAAAAGAAGUUUUCUAUGGGAGAAUAUUGCUCUAACAGGCGGAUCUUCCUUAUUAAAAGGGCUCAGAGAACGCCUUCAAAAAGAACUCGAGGCUUAUUUAAUCAUAAGUGAAAAUGCCGGAGAUUACCAAUUUAAGGAAGCGAAAUUCAUUAAAAUUCCAGACUAUCUAACAAGCUUUAAAGAGCGACAAGACUUAGCAGCUUUUCUUGGGGCUUCAAUGGUUGCCAAGCUCGUGUUUGGAGACCCUAAAAAUUUCAUUAGUAAAGUCGAUUAUAAUGAAAUCGGACCCACUGCCGUACACACAAAAAGUUAUUGA